AUGGAAGAGACCUCGAGUUCUAUUACAAAGUUUGUAGAGGUACCUCGAUUAGACGUAACUCAGGCAACGGAAGCUGAAAUAAUUGACAAAGUCCACAAACUAUGUGUUGAGCAAGGAAUUCCGCUUGUGCUUGAAAACUAUCACUUAAAAAAGGAAUUUGACGCAGAGUUGUUUACCAAAGAAUGGAUUCAACGAAAUUGUGGUGACCAAGAGAUAGCUGCUCGUGAUGUAAAUAAUAUAUUGGAUGAACAGAUGAAAUUAUCGGAUUAUUUAGAUUAUGUUGAGAAAGUUUCAAAGAACACGGAACCUAUGCAACAAAAGUUAUAUGCAAAAGAUGUUACAUGUCCGAUUGUGUGGAAAGAUUAUAUUGGUAGUUUUUUGCCAAGUUAUUUUAGGUACAACGGAAAUAAUGAUUUAAUGUCAAACCUGGCACCUGAUCUUCGAGCUGAAAAUCUCAUGAUUUAUAUUGGAGUUGGUGGAACAAAUACACCAUUGCACAAAGAUAUGUGCUCUUCAUUCGGUCACAAUAUAAUGGUUUAUGCGGAUCCAG